GCAACCGUGUUGAGCGUCGCGUUAUUUUGUUUUCUGUUUUGUUUUUCGUUUCGUGUUUUUAGUUUUCUUCCUGUUAAUUUCCAAGUUUAUUUGUGACAAUCAUUAAAUAAGAGGUUUAUCUACAACGAACUAGUGAAAUUGCACGCCAAUCCACUGCCCUUUGAAGGACAACGAAGAGUGCAUUUAAAUGUUGCUGUCGGUGUGCAGCUGCCUCUGUGUGUGUGAGCCAGCAGCAACAGGUUUUCCAACUCAACUCAGUUUUCAUUUGUUUUCGAUAUUCCGUGGAGUUCGGUUCGCGUUGCGGGAAAAUCGAAUUGCAAUUUAAUGCAGCGUUCGGUGGAAAACGAGACGAGCCAUUAGUUGGCAACCCGUUUGGUUUUUAUAUUCGGCAUCGCAGGUGUGUAACGUCGCUCGGCGAUUCCAACGGGUUUUCCAGGAGGUUUUUGGCCCAUAACAAGUUAAAACUUGGCCAUAAUAUCACAGUUAACAAGUGCCACCGCAUCUCUGUGCUGACAAGUGUAUGUGUGUGUUUGAAAUACGCGUUUUCGAAGAAAAACCUCAACUCAAAACACGUAAAAAUCGAAAUGAAAAUGGAAAGUGUUCGACGACGAUCACGAUCAUCAGUUUAGGCCCGUUUUUUGAGCCAAAUAAAUAAACAAACCAACCAAACGACAACGAAAAAAAGAGCUUCUCCCAACCGGAAUGGAAGCUCAAUGACAAAUGAAUUAAUAAAACGGCAAAAUGAAGAAGCGUUCAAAGUUUAUCUAAACAUUCCCGCCAGCAAGCGAAACAAAGCGAAACCAAAACAACAAAAAAAGAAAAAACAAGUAUUAAAUAAAGAUACUCGAAUGCAAUGGAAGGAAAAAACGCUAGUUGUUGCUAGACUGUUUGAAAACAUUUCAAUUGUGUGAGGGAGCGUGGUAGAAGCUAAAGAUACGAACCGGCUUAAAAUGCCAAUAAUCACGGCCACGACAACGGCGACAGCCGGCGGAGGAGCAGGUGUGGCAGCCAGGGGCGUGGUCACCGCCAAGUCGCCCACCGAUUACCUAAUGCUCCAGCAGCAACAGCACCAGCAACAUCAACAGCAGCAACAGCACUUCGGCAAUCACUUCUAUCAACAGCAGCAGCCGCAACAGUUGGCGCCUCUGAAUGCUUCUCACCAACACCAGCACUCCCAUCCACAUCCACAUCCACAUCCUGUUGCCGCUCCGACCAGUUUUGCAACAUUUAACGGAAACUCGAAUCUAAAUUCUAGCCUUGCCAACGGAAGCAGCAGAAAAUUCAAUUGCAGCCGCGACAACGUGGACGAUAAUGCCGAUGUCGGCGAAAUUGCCGCAGUUUCCCAGACAUUGUCCCCUGGCUCAGAUGUGGUUGGUAACGGGAGCGGGAUUGGCAUGGGGAUUGGCAACGGGAACGGGGACAAGUCUGCCGGCUUAGCGCCACCAGGUGGCCAUCAUUUGCGCCCGCCACCGCCGCCGGCACUCAAGAAAUCCAACGCACCCGCCUCGGCAAUCGGGAGUUCCGCCUCUCGCGAGGAUGUCGCCUCCUUGAGUGGCACCUCCUCGCUGAACAGCCAGAUGUCGGUGCAUAAUCAGUUCAUCUCCGGAUUGCCGAGCAACGGCAUCGGCAUCGCCAGCAAUGGAGUCAAUGGAGGCCCAGCCACCGGACGAGGCGGUCCACCCAGCAGCAUUCUGAAGGGCAGCAAGGAGAACCUGCUGCAAAACACCUACUAUAAUGGCGAGACUGGGGACAGCAGUUUGGGCAGCGAGUGCGGAGUGGGAGAUGUCCAGCACCAACACCUCGAGAACAACGAUGACCCGGGCGACGGAUUGGGACCGCUUCCACCCAAAUGGGAGACUGCCUACACCGAACGCGGCGAACUCUACUUCAUCGAUCAUAACACUGGAACCUCCCACUGGCUGGAUCCGCGGAUUUCCAAGUAUCAGAAGAAGUCGCUUGAGGAUUGCUGCGAGGAUGAGCUGCCCUAUGGAUGGGAGAAGAUAGAGGACUCCAUGUACGGGAUGUACUUUAUUGACCAUGUGAACCGGCGGACACAGUACGAGAACCCUGUGCUGGAGGCCAAGCGACGGGCUGCCGAGCAGAGCCAACAACAGCAGCAGUUGCAAGAGCAACAGCAACGUCAGGAACAGCGGUCCAAGACACCCACUGUGCUGCCAGAGACACUGCCCACAGAGGCGGCUGAGGAGCAGGAACAGCAGGAGGAGGAGGCCCCCAUCAAGCUGCCCUACAAGUUCACCCGUAAUCCUGCAGAGCUGCAGGGCCAGCGUGUCAACACCACGCUGCUGAAGUCAUCACGCGGGCUGGGUUUCACCAUUGUGGGAAGCGAUGGAAGCGCUGGCGGGGAUGUGGAGGAGUUUCUGCAGAUCAAGACGGUGGUGCCCAAUGGGCCCGCCUGGCUGGAUGGUCAGCUGCAAACGGGUGAUGUCCUGGUCUAUGUAAACGACACCUGUGUGUUGGGCUACACGCAUCAUGACAUGGUCAACAUAUUUCAGUCGAUUUUGCCCGGCGAGAGGGCAUCCCUGGAAGUAUGUCGUGGAUACCCGCUGCCCUUUGACCCAAAUGACCCCAACAACGAGGUGGUGACCACCAUGGCGGUGGAUGGACGGGAGUCGGAGAAGCAGCGACGCCUCAACAUGGACGGCAACUACAAUUUCUUGGACUUGUCCGGUGAAGGAGCCAAAAAAGCGAGUGGUGCCAGCAGUGGCUUCAUUCUGAUGAAGAAACCUGAGCUCUACACUUUCUCAAUCAUGAAGGGCUCGAUGGGUUUCGGCUUCACCAUUGCUGAUUCCGCCUGUGGUCAGAUAGUAAAGAAGAUUCUCGAUCGCAACUGCUGCACCCAGUUGAUGGAGGGAGACGUAUUGCUGGAAAUCAACGGCUUGAAUGUGCGCAACAAGCCGCACUUCUAUGUGGUGGAGUUGCUGAAGGAGUGCAGCCAGACGACGCCCACAGCGGUGAAGAUUCAGCGAACGCCGCCUGACCAGCCAACCAAUAAUACGCUUGCCCAACUCAACCAAGUGGGCAAUGUGGCCAAGCUGCGGAAGAACUUUGUUGGCAGUGGCCUCUUCCGCAGUAAGACGCCCACAGCAGAUCUGUACAGCACUCAAGUGAAGGAGGUGCUGCCCAUGCGCCCAAAGACCCCCUUGGUGGACACGCGGCGGGCACGGGUUCAGACGCCCAGCAAUGAGAUUGACGGUGUUGGUGGCGAUGCGGCAGCGACGGAAAGAGAGGCCAGGCAACCGCUUCAGCUGCAGACCCAGGGCAAGUCGAACAGCAGUCUGCAGGAGCUGGACGACAUACCCUACAUGGAUCCAUAUCCCAAGAUUAGCCGGCUGAGCGAGCGUCUAGCGGAAGUGACACUCCAGGGAGACGCCAAUGGCGGCAUCUACGGGUUGCCGCCCAGUAUGCAGCCUCUACCACUGGCUCACCACGAGUCCUGCUACUGCUAUGACUGCCAGGCGCAGCGCUACCGCCCAGGGUAUUUUGUCCAGGCCCAGCAGGCAGCCAUGUCGGCAACCACCGGUCAGUACUCGCCGCUGCAGACGGCGCAUCUCCAAAACGAGCGGAUCCAGCGACGCGUCAACGAGCUGCUCAGCGAUCGAAGGCGCGUGGGCUUCGCCAACCUAGAUCCUCCCCACCACCAGCAGCAACAACAGCAGCAGAUGCAGCACUCGCCUAGCUGGCGCAAUGGAGCUCUGCUUGACGCCUCCGAGGAUGCGGACCAGUGCGAAUUGACCGAGGUUACCCUGGAGCGCCAGGCUCUGGGCUUUGGCUUUCGCAUCGUUGGCGGCACCGAGGAAGGAUCCCAGGUUACUGUGGGUCACAUAGUCCCGGGUGGUGCCGCCGAUCAGGACCAGCGCAUUUCCACCGGCGAUGAGAUUCUCAGCAUAGAUGGCAUCAACGUGUUGAACUCAUCGCACCACAAAGUGGUCUCUUUGGUGGGGGAAUCCGCGCUUCGCGGACAGGUGACCAUGAUCCUUCGUCGGCGCCGUACUCCACUACUCCAGCAGGCUCCAGUCAGCACGCAAUUGCGUCGUUAUCCAUAUGACGUGAUUGUCAGCCGGCAUGAAAACGAGGGCUUUGGAUUUGUUAUUAUAUCAUCAUCGAACCACUAUUACGGUUCGACAAUAGGAAAACUUAUACCGGGCAGUCCGGCGGAUCGUUGUGGAGAGCUCAAAGUGGGCGAUCGCAUAGUGGCAGUGAAUCGGAUUGAGAUAGCCGGCAUGUCGCACGGCGAUGUGGUGAAUCUCAUCAAGGAGUCUGGUCUUCAUGUGCGGCUCACCAUCGGUGUUCCGCUAAAGGAGGGCGGUCCCAGUCCUGGAGGCAGUAGCGCCGGGGUGGCCAGCAAUACACCCAUGCAGGCAUCUCCCAGUCUCUUGAAGGCACAACUCGCCCACCAGCAGCAACUCCCGCAGCAGCAACAGCAGCAGCAUCUUCAGCAGGCACAGCUGAACCACCACCACCAACAUCUGGAGAUGCCAAUGUCGAUGCCGAUGCCAGGAAAUGGAACCUAUUUGGAGCGACCCAGUAACAAUAUCGCCGCCACAUUGGCGCUGCACCAGCAGCCACAGUUAUGACUCUGAGAUCUACGCAUUCGGCUCUACAAGAGCUUUCUAUAGUGUUGGAUCGAUUGCAGGCCCAUAGUUUGUACUUUAGACCACAAAGUACUAACCCCAAAGACUGAAAUUAGUAGCAUAUAUAAGUCAAACCGAUUGCGAGUCUGGAAACGGUUCGCAAUUGCGUUAUUUAUACCAGUUUUAUUAAGAUCCGCUAUACCGUCUUAGGCUUAGUUAUUGCUUUUACUUAAUCGUUGAGAGAAUUGGCCAGUUUGUGAGACAUUUACCGAUUUUUAUACACUGUUUUAGAUACAUAAGAAUUGUACAAAUGUAAAGGACCUAAAUAUUUUACCUUGAGUAUGUAUGUUAUUCAAUCACGCUAGACAUUAAGAUGCAUUUAUCAAAUAUAUAUACAGAUUAUAAACAAAA